UUGAGAAUUAAAAAAACGGCCCUCGAUCACGCGCUAAAAUAAUGGCUAGCAAAGUUUCGAUUUUAAUUCGUAUUGUAGACUUUGUAGUAUUAAUCCUCGUUUUUGGUGGUGAUAUUUUAGCACUAUUUCUCGCCAGAGAGGCAGAGAAGUUACAAGAUAAGGUGAAGGAUGUGAAUCUAUUUUUUGUGGAGUGUUCAAAGAAGAGAAACCAUAACGCUUAUGUGUAUGGUUAUCGAGCACUAUACUUGCUCCUGGUGGCCCAUGCCAUUGCCACUUUUAUUGGAGGUUGGACUUAUUUGAAAAACUUCUUCUUAAGAUGCUUUUGCUCCAACAAACAUCCUGAUAUAGAGGCCACAAAUGGUUGCUUACAUAUUUGGUUCGUUUUGAUGUGGGUUGCAUUUGGCCUAGGAAUGUUUUUUCUAAAAUAUGGUGCAGACCCUAACAAAAAGUCCAAACUUUCAUGUCAUCUCAUCUCUCACCGUGGCUGGCUAUGGUAUGGAGGAUAUUUGUGCUUAGGUCACGCUAUAUGUUUCACAAUAUUCUCUGGGUUUCGCAUUCUUGCGAGGGGAUCCUCGAGAGGAACAACCGAACAAACAUAGUGUGAAGACCAAUCAACUAUUGAAAACAGAGUUUAACCAUUUUACCUCAGAAGUUGGUCCUUAUAUGUCAUAUAUACUCUCUAGUAGCUUGGCAUGGCAGAAGAUAAAUUUGUAUAACCCAACAUUAAUGUAUCUAUUGUAAGGAUCUUAUUUAUUGGCUAUGAUAUGAGAGAACAUAAUAUACUAGUGAUUAUAUGUAAUAUGAUUAUAAAAUUCUCUCGAUAUACUGUUUAUCUUUUCUUAUUAAUUUUCUGUUGAGUUUAAUCCAA